CCUGAUCAGAUGUGGCCAUGUAUACGGCAACUUGGCAACGUACAGACGCUUCUUGUGCGUUUUGUCUUCAAUUUCUUUUUCGAUUUGAGAAAGAAGAGGAAAUCGAAAUUGAAUCUGACUACAUCUUUUUGAUCAAGUAAUUCGCUGUAAAAUCAAGUAGAAAUAAAAUGUCGAUCGGUGUUCCAAUCAAAGUGUUACAUGAAGCCGAAGGACACAUCAUCACCUGUGAAACAAAUACCGGUGAAAUCUACCGGGGCAAAUUGGUCGAAGCUGAAGAUAACAUGAACUGUCAAAUGACAAACAUAACUGUUACUUAUAGGGAUGGUAGAGUUGCUCAACUGGAAAAUGUUUACAUUCACAGGGUGCAAAAGCUGCUAGUUCUGCUGCUGCAUCAGGGAGAGGAAAAUCUGCCAUUCUUAGAGCACAAGCUGCACGUGGGAGAGGAAGAGCUAGAGGUGGAAGUUCAAGAGGCUGGACCCCAGGAAAUAAAUCUUCAGGAAUUAAAAGUCUCUGUUGCCCCAUCUGGUGGACCUAUUGCAGUUGUAAGAGAUGAAACAAAAUUCACGCCAGUUCAGACUUCGGGCAAACCAAUCAUUUUUAUCUUUUCCCCAUCCGGGGAAUUGAAAUCAACGAUUAAAUGGAGUGGUGGGAAGGUUAUUGGUUUAGAUUGGUCUGCUUCAGAAGAGCUUCUUUGCAUCCAGGAUGAUGGUAGUGUAUCGAUUUAUGACAUAUUUGGGACAUACCAAAAUUCUUUCCAAAUGGGCCAAGAGGCUAAAGAAAUGAAGAUCAUUGAUGCUAGGAAAUUUGCUACUACAAGUGGCACUGGGCUAGUAGUAUUGACUACAAACUUCAGAUUUUUUGUUGUAAAUAAUAUAAAAGAUCCAAGAAUUCGAAGAUUUCCAGACAUUCCAGGUGUUAAUAUUGCCCCUAGCUGCUGGACAGCAAUACAUGGUGAAGACAGGCAAACUAGGGUUAUAGUUGCUAAAGAGAAAGAUAUUUAUCUUCUUGAUUACGGUGAGCAGCAUGUUGCUCAACGAAUGCCCGAGAUUUCUCAUCACCACCUCUCGAUAGUUGCGAUUUCUGUAUCGCCAUGUAACAAAUUGGUUGCAUUACUAACCGACGCCGGUGUCAUAUGGAUUGGAUCGUCUGAUUUUCGAAGAAAGUUCUGCGAACAUGAUGCCCAGUGUAUGUCACCUGCCGUCCAGUUGGUUUGGUGUGGGUCGGGUGCAGUAGUCCUAAAUCUAGGAUCCGUCCUGUUAGUUCUCUCACCCAACAGGGAUAACUUCACCUUAAUUUUGGAUUCGACUAGUCACGUUUGUCCAGAAAUCGACGGAUUGCGCAUUAUUACAAACAGUAGCCACGAAUUCUUGCAAAAGGUUCCAUUACCUAAUCAAGAAAUUUUCCGAAUCGGAUCCAUGUCUCCUGGCGCUAUUCUCGUCGAGGCUUCCAGGGAGUUUCAGAAGCGCUCACAUCGGGCCGAAGAGUAUAUUCGACUUGUAAAGAAUCAACUGGAACUAGCCGUAACCCAGUGUAUUCAGGCCGCUGGAAACGAGUGGCAGCCCAGCGUUCAAAAAAUGUUGCUUCGAGCUGCCCAAUUGGGCAAAAGUUUCCUGUUUGACAAAAUCGACCCGGAGCUAUUUGUCGGAAUUUGUCAAACGUUACGGAUCUUGAACGCAGUUCGCAAUUACAAAAUUGCACUACCGCUGACUUUCCAGCAAUACGAGCAGAUGGGAAAGACAGUUUUACUGAAUCGUCUCAUACUGCGGCGCCAAUACAGCAUAGCCAUUCAAAUAUGUCAGUAUCUGCAAAUGUCGGAAGCUGAGGGCAUACCACGCGUAUUAACAGAGUGGGCAUGUUACAAGAUCAAACACGGAGUUGGAAAAAUGGAUGCUGAACAGCUGGCAAACGAAAUUUCUACCAAGCUCGGCACUGGAUCUAAAGUCUCGUACAGUAGUAUUGCACUUAAAGCAAUUGAAUGCAAACAAGAAAAAUUGGCAAUCAGGUUAUUGGAUUUCGAACACCGAGCAUCUAAACAAAUUCCACUGCUCCUCAAGCUAGGCCAAGAACCGCAAGCUCUGACUAAAGCUGUGGAAAGUGGUGAUCCCAAUCUCAUCUAUAAAGUGCUAGUCGUCAUGAAGGAAAACUAUUCGGCUGAUAAAUUUUACAUGACCAUUCGUCAUUAUCCUUCUGUAAAUGCACUCUACGCCAAAUUAUGCCGCACUGUUCAGAUGGGAUCGCUCGAACAAAUUUACGAACAAGAAGAUAAUUUCAACGCUCAAGCGAUUCUCAGCGUUAAAGAUAGUUACCGGGCUCAGAAACUUGAGAAUAGAUCGGCAAUGCUCACGACAGCAGUCAAGCAGUACCGACAGGCUAAAGCCGAAAUAGCCGCUACUCUGACUGAAGAUCAACUUAAAUUGCUGAAAAUCCAAUCAGGUUACGAAACGAAAUUUGGGUGUCCGGUUAUUGAUGUUUCAUUAAAUGACACUCUCAAACUUCUAAUGCGUCGAAGAGAUUUGAAAGAAACAGAAGAAAUGGUCAAGAAAUUCAAAGUUCCUGAACGGAGAUUGUGGUGGCUCAAAGUAACAACUUUCGCUGAAAUUGGGGACUGGGUCGAGCUGGAGAAACUAAGCAAAGCAAAGAAAUCUCCGAUAGGAUACGAGCCUUUCGUCGACGUUUGCCUACAGUUCAACAACAUCGCUGAAGCUCAGCGCUACUUACCGAAAGUAGAAGAACAUCUUACCAUCAAAUAUUACGUCAAGGCCAAACUGUACACAGAAGCUGCUCAAAUCGCUUUUCAGCGUAAGGAUACGGAAGCGUUACAUUACGUUCAAUCCCGCUGCUCCUCUAAUCGCGAAGCAGUAGACAUGAUUAACGCCCUAAUCGCCAAAUUGGCUAAUCCAUCAGAAGGCCAGAGCAAACGUUAACGAGAUCUUUCACACUAUAUUUCCUUAUCAGAAUGUUUCGUCGUCUGAAUUUUGACGCAAUUCCAAACUCAUUUUCAUAGGAUUUCUUGUCAAAUAUAUACGAUUAUACUUA